AUGCGAUCUAAACAACAAACCCUACCUCAUCAAAACCUGUCUAGAGAUCUUGUUGUGAUGCUUCCCAAGAAGAAACCUAAUCCAAGCUCAAGAGCUUGCUUGUCGUGUCGGGAGAAACACCUCAAGUGCGACGGCCAACUACCAGUUUGUGCGCGUUGUACAGCAGCAGGCCUGCCAUGUGUCUUUAUAGAGUCACGGCGGGGCCAUCGACCGGCUGUACCAAAAGGCCAGCCAACGGCCCUGACACGAGAAUUAAAUCUUGACAGCUCUGCGCUGAAUGUCCAACAAGUCCAAAUAAUUCCAUCUGGAAAGGAACCCCAGGCGCAAAGGACGCAACAAAACACCUCGUCGAGCGAAGAGACCACCUCGAUCAUUGGAGUAGACUACAACAUACCGGGCGACGAUCACCUCGUAGGCCUAUACUAUCAAUACAUUCACCCCGCACAUCCAUUUAUCCUGCCACAGAAAUUAUUCCGGCGAAACCCAAGUAUCUUCCCUGACCAUCUCCGAAAUGCAAUCUGCUUCAUCGCAAGCCACCAUUCCCCCAACAGCUUGGAUCGGGCUCGAGAGCCGCCCGUGGCAGUACUUGGUUACUCGGUGCCAGAUGACGGGUUCAAAGUGCAAUCGUUGAUCCUGCUCACAUUGGCAUCCUAUGCACGUUUCGAGCGGGACCAGGGCAACCAAGCUCUCUCGGGUGCGGUGGAUCUCGCACGGCGGAUUGGGAUCGACUCGGAUGCAUUUGGCCAAGGAUAUGAUCCAGUCUAUCGAGAAAGCUGGAGGCGAACGUGGUGGGAGCUCUACACCAUCACCGGCCUGAUCUCGCUGAUCGGAGGCACCAUGUUCAGACUGCCGCAGCCUGCAAGAAUGACGCUCCCCACCAGCUGCGAAGGUUACAACGCCUGUCUGAUUAGUGAUGGGGGAACCAACAUAGCGAUUCAACAGCGAUUCUCGGCCGAGUCGAGCUUCGAAUGGUCGUCGUUUGCCUACCGGAUCGAGGCAAUGCGAAUCCUCAGCAUGGUGCUGGAUAUAACCGACGAGCUGGUGCAGUCACGUCCCGAUGCGACCGAGUCCGCAAUCUCUAGCUUCCUUCUUUCUCUACCGGUCAGCAAGCGUGACGGGUUGCAAAGGAACGGCGAGGUGGACGAAGUCAUGUCUUGCGCCUUGAUGAUUAUUCAUCUGGCUAGCAUUUGUCUGCACCUCCCACGCUCCACACUUGCCCGUCUUCGGGGCUUUCGAACUGUGUGCGGAACCAAUGGUGGGACGCCUAUGAACGAGACCAGCACGUAUCACGAUGCAGCAGCUCUUCGAUCAGCCAAAGCCUUGUCGAAGUUGUUGACAUCUAGAUCCACAUUAUCAACACUGUCUCCUUGUUUCUCGUGUGCGAUUGCUUUUGCGGCGGUUGUCCAGCUCCCUGCAUACCUUGUCCAACAGCCUCCUGAGUCGGAUUAUCUCAAGGAAUAUAUCCAAUUGGAACUAAGUGCUCUUCAACACCUUGGAGAAACCUGGCCCAUUGCGCGCGUGGUCAGAAGUCAAAUUGCACAGUUCUCCAGGGAGAUUAUAUGCCCGCAACAGGCGGUGGUGGUGCAGCAGCAGCCAAUGCAACAGACGAUGGUGCCCUCAUCUGAGCGAUUGCCCACUCCAGUUUCUUCAAUGCCAGGGGAUCAAUGGUUAAACGACCUACUAAGCACCGACUUUGGGUUUACGGAGACGACAUUCUAG